AUGAAGGAAAUAGAUGAUCUCCUAGAACAGCUAAGAUCAAAGACUAAUGAAGUAAAUCAAUUAAGUGAUCCGGUCAAAACCUUGAAAAUGCAAAAUGAAACAUAUCAGUCUCAGCUGCAAAAAUUUGCUCACACGACUGAAAAAACUACGUUUUCCUACAAAUGCUUGACUGGACUAUGUGUUGAAAACUUUGAUUGUCUGUUUGCUUGUGUUGAUCCCUACAUUUCUGCCAUAAUUUAUCCUAAUUGUAAAACUCAUCAACAGAGAAAGUUGACAAAAAGAACUGAGUUGAUGUGCUUUAUGACAAUAUGUAGACAUACACUUCACCUAGGUAUUACUGGGUACAUGUCAGGCACCAGUGUAUCAACUCAAUCUAGAAUCUUUACAGCAUGGGCUGUUUUUCUCUCAACCCUGUUUGAUCAAUUAGACUUGAGUCCCUGCCCCCGGAGAGGUUCUUUCUCCUCUACCUCUGGAAUUUUAUGCAUCUGGCUUCCAGGACACAGUGUUGCUCGGAGACUGCACAGAGAACUGGAUUGCUUCACCAGAAAACUUUGACAUCAGCAAUGCAACAUUCAGUUCAUACAAAAACCAUGACACUGGCAAAACUGGAAUUUGGAUAACACUAUAUGGCAGUCUUGUCAUGUGCACUGACACUUAUGCUGGGUCAAUUUCUGAUAACGAUUUAACAGCUGACUGUGGGGUACUUGAUAUGAUACAAGAUGAGAGGGCCACAGCGCUGACAGAUAAGCGGUUUGGAAUUGAAGACUUGUGUCAUGCCAAAGGCCUUUCACAUAAUCAUCCUCCAAUGAAAUUUGAGGCGCAGUUCGAGGAGACAGACAUAGCAAAAAAAUUUGAUGUGGCCACCCUACGGAUCUACAAUGAAAACUACAUUGGACGCAUGCGGGAUUGGUCAAUUUUGAAUACUUGCUGGCCCAAGAACAGGAUUGACAUUCUAAGAUGUGUAUACAAAGUGCUGGCUAAUAUUGUAAACAUCUUAUUUGACCCUAUCUGUGCUAAAGAGGCAACUACCCAAUCAAAGUCAAGAGAAUUGUCUCAUGGUGCAACAACACCACUUUCAUUUUUGAUAUAA